UUUAUUAUAUCAGUCAGUUACAUCUAAGAAUCUUCUAAAAAUGGCGAGUAAUACAUUUCAAAACGUUAAUACUGAUUUAUUUGUCAGUGAAGAACAAAUAAAUAGAAACAAAUUAAACGAAUUAAAUACAGAAGUGAUUAUUAAAAAUGAAAUAUUUGAUGUGAGUGAAAGUGAUUCAAUAGAUUUUAAAGAACCAUUCAAAGGUGGACAUGAAGGAAUUAAAGAAGAGGGAAUACUUGCAGAAACUGAUAUUAAAAUGGAGAAUGAACGAAUUAAACUUGAACAACAAUUAAAUACUGAAUUAAUUAUUAAAGAUGAAAUAUUUAAUGAAAAUGAUUUAGAAUUUCAUAAUAUUGAAAAUGAAGAAACAUCUUUGACAUGUGAAGUGUGUGAUAAAACUUUUAAUAAAAAACACCAUUUAACUAGCCAUAAACGAACUCAUACUGAUAAAAAACGUUUUUCAUGUGAAGUGUGUGAUAAAUCAUUUAAUAGAAAAAACAGUUUAAUUCGGCAUGAACGAAUUCAUACCGGGGAAAAACCUUAUUCAUGUGAAAUAUGUGAUAAAACAUUUACGGUGAACAGUAAUUUAACUACCCAUAAACGAAUUCAUACCAGCGAAAAAUGUUUUUCGUGUGAAGUGUGUGAUAAAUCAUUUAAAAGAAAAAGCGAUUUAAUUGUACAUGAACGAAUUCAUACAGGCGAAAAACCUUAUUCAUGUGAAAUGUGUGAUAAAACAUUUACGCAUAACAGUACUUUAACUUCCCAUAAACGAAUUCAUACAGGUGAAAAACCUUUUUCAUGUGAAAUGUGUGAUAAAACAUUUGCGCGGAAUUCUUUAUUAAUUCAACAUGAACGAACUCAUACAGGUGAAAAACCUUUUCCAUGUGAAUUGUGUGAUAAAUCAUUUAAUAGAAAAAUCGAUUUAAUUCGACAUGAACGAAUUCAUACUGGGGAAAAACCUUAUUCAUGUGAAAUAUGUGAUAAAACAUUUACGCAUAACAGUAAUUUAACUACCCAUAAACAAAGUCAUACAGGUGGUGAAAAACGUUUUUCAUGUAAUGUGUGUGAGAAAUCAUUUACUUAUAAAAACAACUUAGUUCAACAUAAACGAAUUCAUACCAGGGAACAACCAUUUUCAUGUGAAGUGUGUGAUAAAUCAUUUAAUUAUAAAAACCUUUUAAUUCAUCAUGAACGAAUUCAUACUGGAGAAAGACCUUAUUCAUGUGAAAUAUGUGAUAAAACAUUUACGGUGAACAGUAAUUUAACUGCCCAUAAACGAAUUCAUACAAGUGAAAAACCUUUUUCAUGUGAAUUGUGUGAUAAAUCAUUUAAAAGAAAACAAGCUUUAAUUCGGCAUGAACGAAGUCAUACUGGUGAAAAACCUUUUUCAUGUGACAUGUGUGAUAAAACAUUUACUCAA